UUUUCCGGCUGUUCCUUCGCUUGCCGCACCAAUCAAUAUUUGUAGGCGCCCUUAGGAACUCCCUCUCUUUACCAUUGUGCUACAUGGCGCCCGCGAAGGCCGAGAAGAAGCCGGCUGAGAAGGCACCGGCGGAAAAGAAGCCCAAGGCCGAGAAGAAGAUCUCAAAGGAGGGAGGUGACAAAAAGAAGAAGAAGAUCAAGAAGAGCACGGAGACUUACAAAAUAUACAUUUUCAAGGUCUUGAAGCAGGUCCAUCCUGAUAUCGGUAUCUCCAGCAAGGCUAUGGGAAUCAUGAAUAGUUUCAUCAACGAUAUAUUUGAGAAGCUAGCUCAGGAGGCAUCGCGAUUGGCCAGGUAUAACAAGAAGCCCACCAUUACGUCCCGGGAAAUUCAGACCGCUGUGCGUUUGGUGCUACCUGGGGAAUUGGCUAAGCACGCUGUUUCCGAGGGUACCAAGGCGGUUACCAAAUUCACUAGCUCUUAGUUUUGUAAUUGGAUCGUGUUCGAAUUUGUUGAUUCUGUGUUUGAGAUCUAGGGUUUCAUAUGGAAUCAUUUUAAUUAGAUAUUAUUCUCUAGCCUAGGGUUAUAAAUUUGUUGUUCUGAACAGUUCUUAAUGAAAGUCUAAUUUAAAAGUCAUUUUUCUCUUGAA